AUGAUGUCUGUAAUAAUUCUCCUCUCAAUGUUGCUAGUUCUAGUCUCGAUUCCUCCUAAUUCGACUCUCAAAGUGGUGAUGGUACCAAUGCUUCUCUUGGUGGUGGAUCUGACCCUAUCACUCAGGGGAUUUGGUAAAAAAUAUGCUAACAAGGAGCUUAGUCUUCUAUGUAAGAAUGUCAACCCAGAUAUUAUUUUUCUUUCUGAGACCAAAAUGAACAAAGACAUGGAAGCUAGGAAACUAAGAAAUAUGGGAUUUCCCUGUACCUUUAAUGUUCCAAGUGUUGGGAGAAGUGGUGGUCUUUCCCUUGCUUGUAAAAAGGAAGUACACCUCAACAUUAUUUCCUCCAGUCUGAGGGGCAUCUAUGUUACUACUACUGAUAUAUUCCAUUCUAAGACCUGUCAAAUUCAUUUUAUGUAUGGUGAACCUAACAGUAGUCUAAGACAAUCUUUUUGGGAACAACGAUGUCAACAGAUAAAUGUCCCUUUAGAUGAGCCUGUUUUCUUUAUAGGAGACUUUAAUGCCCUCUUAGGUACUGAAGAUAAAAAUGGAGGGUUAGAAGUAGAUGACCCUGAUUUUGAAAAUCUCAGAAAAUUUUGCUCUGUCUUUAAUCUCCAUGACGCUGGUUUUUAUGGACUAAGAUUCACUUGGGAUUCUUCUGACCAUUGUCCCAUGCAUAUAUGGUUUAACUAUGAGGAUAUUAGUAUGCCUAGACCUUUUCAUUUUAUGGCCAUGUGGAUAGAGGAUCCUACUUGUAGAGAUAUUAUAGCUAAUUCUUGGUCUGUUAAUGUAACUAAUAUAUCUACCAUUAGAAAAGAAUUAGCUGACCUUCAAACUCUUAAUCCUACUGAUACUAAUAACACUUCUAGACUGAAAGCCAGGCUGGAGUAUCUGUACAACCUGGAGGAGUUAUAUUGGAAGGACAAAUCUAGAGAACAAUUUCAAGAUGAAAUUCUUGCUGAUCUUCCUGUUAAGUUCUCUGUAGAAGAUAAUGCCUCCUUAAAUUUGCCUCUGACUCUAGAGGAAAUAAAGAAUGUUGUCUUCCAAAUGGGGGUGGGGGGUUGGGGGAAGGCCUUUGGUCCUGAUGGCUUUACAUGCCUCUUUUAUCAAAAGCAUUGGGACAUUGUGGGUGAAGCUGUUGUUGAUAUGACUCAAACCUUCUUUAAAACUGGCAACAUUGCCAAGGUUUUUAAUCAUACCAACAUAGCUCUCAUUCCAAAAGUCCCUCUUGUUGAAUUGGUAACCCAGUAUAGGCCUAUUGUUCUAUGUAAUUUUAUUUAUAAAAUUCUUUCAAAAACUCUAGCUAAUAGACUGAAACCUUUUAUGAACAAUAUUAUUUCCCAAAACCAAAGUGAUUUUAUCCCUAAGAGGAGUAUCUCUGAUAACAUUUUUCUUGCUAAUGAGGCCAUAUAUGUUGUCAAUCAUAAUGAUAAAGUUGAGGGCAUUGCAUCCAUCAAACUUGACAUGUUUAAGGCCUAUGAUAAGAUUGAGUGGGAUUUUCUUGAGAAAGUCUUAACUAAAAUGGGUUUGUCUAAUCAUUGGGUUAAUCUGAUAAACCAGUGUGUCUCCACUGUGUCUUAUUCGGUCCUGCUUAAUGGAAGCCGUACAGCCUCCAAAAAAAAGGGUACUUUAGAAGGCAUAAAAGUCUGUAAAGAGGCUCCUGAAAUGACCCAUCUUCUGUUUGCUGAUGAUUCUCUCUUGUUUUCAAAAGCUACUGAAAAAAACUUUCGUGUCAUAAAAGACUAUCUUCAAAAAUACUGCCUUGCUUCUGGGCAAGAAAUCAAUUUUGAAAAAUCUGGUCUUUUGUUUAGUAAGAAGAUUCCUGAACAUAGGAAAGCCAUUUUGGAUAAUAUUUUAGAUAUCCAAAGCAGGGAUUUAGGAGAAAAAUAUCUUGGAACACCUACUGUUUUCCAAGCUUCAAAAAUCCAGAAACAUGGGAAGGAUGAGUUAAACAACCUAGCAAUGCUUGCUAGGAACGCCUGGAGAAUCCUGGAAAAUCCUAAUUGUCUUCUGGCCUCUGUUCUUAAGGCCAAAUAUUUUCCUAAAACUGAUUUUUUGAAUGCUAAGUGUACUGCUAAAUGUUUUUGGACUUGGAAGUGCCUACAUGCUAUUAAGGAGCUUAUAAAACCUUUUAUUUCUUGGAUUGUUGGGGAUGGUCAAUUUAUUGACCCAUGGUGUGAUAAAUGGAUUCCCUCUCAGGGUUCUGCCGCACCCAACCCUAUUGUUCCUCCUGAUCCUAGUAUUAAAGUUGUUUAUUUCAUUGAUUCCCAAUCCAGAUGUUGGGAUGUGUCUAUACUAAAUACAUAUUUUGAUAAUGCUUCUUCUAAAUUGUCUGAGGAUAAUCAACGUCUCUUUGUGGCUAUCUUAUGGUCUCUCUGGACCAGUAGAAACAACUUCAUUUUCCAAGGCAUUAGAGAAAACUUCGCUGCUGUCUUAGCUAGAGCUAGAGCUAUGCUCCUUACUAGGAAUUCUAGAAAUCCUAGUUUGACCACUCCCUCCACCAUACAUGUCAGUAUUAGUGAUAAAUGGAUGCCUCCUUCUUUUGGUUGGAUUAAAUGCAAUACUGAUGGUGCCUUUGAUGAUUCUGGAGCUAACGGUGCAGGUUUUCAGCCUAGAAGUUGUAAUUCUGUUGCUCAUGAGCUUGCUCAAUGGGCAAAACAAAACAAUUCUUCCAUGUACUGGUCUAAACCCCCUGUUUGGAUCCUUCCAACAGUCGAGGAGAACCAUUAG